AUGGUGUAUGGAGCAUUUUGCGCCCACGCGCACAAAUUCCUAGUAUCUUCCCGUGCCCUUAACCUCAACAUUUGUCGUCAACACCCCACGCGCCUUCACUUCCACACUCGCUCUUCGCUCUACUCUCACCCUUUCAACUUCAAUCACUCCGCCGCCCCCUUCAAACCCUCUCUCCUCCGCCGUAGCAAUUCCCGCCUCUCCGCCAUCUCCGAUGAUGGCUCCGGUGGAAACAACGCACGUGGCGGCGGCUCCAACGGUUCGAAUUCUGGUGGCUCUGGCGGUUGGAAUUUCGGCGGCGGCGAUGGAGGAGAAAAGUGGUCCUUGUUGUCAUGGUACUUGGCACUUCUUGAAAAAUACCCUGUUGCGGUGAAAGCUCUAACUUCUGCACUUUUGAAUCUAAUUGGUGAUUUGAUUUGCCAGCUUGCAAUAGAUAAAGUGCAGUCACUGGACUUCAAGAGGACAUUUGUGUUUACAUUCCUCGGUUUUGCUUUAGUGGGUCCAACAUUACAUUUUUGGUAUUUGUAUCUGAGUAAAUUGGUUACACUUCCUGGAGCAUCAGGUGCACUUUUGCGACUUGUACUUGAUCAGUUCUUGUUUUCUCCCAUAUUCAUCGGAGUGUUCCUAGCUACAUUAGUGACCCUUGAGGGAAAGCCUUCACAAGCUGUACCCAAGCUUCAACAGGAGUGGUUUUCUGCAGUUUUAGCGAACUGGAAACUCUGGAUACCUUUUCAAUUUCUGAACUUUAGAUUUGUUCCACAACAAUUUCAGGUCCUUGCUGCUAAUGUUAUUGCUUUGGUGUGGAAUGUUAUUCUCUCAUUUAAGGCACACAAAGAGGUUCUUCCAAAAUAG